UGCUCAGAGAUCAAGUUUUGAGUCCAACAUUGAUGAUAUCUGUAAACUUCUGCGCACAACUGGAUACAGUGGAGCUCUUGGUGCCAAAAGACCUUCAAAUUAUCCUGAAGACUACUUUAGACGUGUCCCACUCAACUCCAUGUACAUCAGCUUAAUUGUUGGAAGGCUUCGUUCAGAUGAUCUGUACAAUCAGAUUGCAGCUUUCCCUUUCCCUGAACAUCGUAGUACUGCUUUAGCUAAUCAGGCUUCCAUGUUGUACAUUUCUCUGUACUUCUCACCUGAGAUUCUACAUAAUCAGACAUCCAAGAUGAGAGAGAUUGUUGAUAAGUAUUUUCCUGACAAUUGGGUGAUAAAAAUGAACACAGUAAGGGCUAUUUUUUAUUCUGUAGGUGCUCAAUAUGUAUUAUUAACCUUUAUAUAUGUUUGAGGUAAUCACCACAUACACAACAUUGACCAUGAAAUUCUACAUAUUUCAUUUAGCUACCAUAUUACAAUGGGAUUGAACAUUUGUAUUGGGUUCAACUGCCCAGUCUAUAUAUUAUAGUGAUCAUGAAACUCU